AUGGCGAUGAUAGUGGAUGCAUUUGCUACACAACUGGUGAAAAGGCUCACAAAGGUCAUUGAAGAGAAGGCCAUCAUGGUGUUAGGAGUCAAGAAUGAACUCCAAGAGCUUCAGCGAAAGAUGGAGAGGAUCACAUGUGUACUCAAAGAUGCUGACAGGAGAAGGAUACAAGACGAGACUGUCAAAUUAUGGGUCAAUGAGCUGAAGGAUUGGAUGUACGAUGCCGAAGACAUCAUUGAUCUUUGCAUGAUACAGGGUAUGGGGCUCUUGCAAGAUGAUCAUAAUUCUCCAGCUGAGUCAAGUACUACUGCUUCCACACGGGUACGCUGCUGUAACUUUUCUAUGCUCUCUUGUGUGCGCAGUGUGCCAUUUCGCUAUGAGAUUGCUGAUAAAAUUAAGAAUCUCAAUGUUAAGUUAGAAAAGAUAUCUAAGGAUAAGGAUAACUUUAAUUUCAUAAUUUCUUCUAAAUCAAGUGAUGAUGCAUAUGUCAUGAAUGACGCUUCCUAUCGCCAGAGUUCCUUUUUACCAGAAUCUGACAUUGUGGGUUGGGAUAUUAUAGAUGCUACUAACAGUCUUGUUGAAUUAUUAGUCUCUCAACAUCAACAGAAAUGUCGUCUUUUUGGGAUUGUUGGCAUGGGGGGCAUCGGCAAAACUACUCUAGCGCAAUUGAUAUAUAAUGAUUCGAAGAUAAAUGAUGAUUUCGUGUUGCAUUCAUGGAUUUGUGUUUCAAAAUUUUACACAUCAAGGACCGACUUGCUGAAGGAACUCAUAAGAAAUGUUGGAGGUACUUCCGGAGAGGCAACAACAACCGCAGAGUUACAAAAAAUACUUUGUGAUGUUUUAUAUGGGAAGAGCUUAUUUGUGGUUUUGGAUGAUGUUUGGGAUGCAGAUGUAUGGAUUAAUUUAAUUAAAAUUCCAGUUGAAAGAACAACGACAAAAUGCAGGGUUGUGAUUACGACAAGAGACAGGAACACUGCUAUAAAAAUGGGGGCAAUUCAUAUCCACAAUGUCAACAAACUACCUUUGAAUUUUGGUUGGGAAUUGUUAUGCAAAAAAGUUUUCACAAAUAAUGAUGAGAGCGAGAUUCGGAGAAUGAAGGAUAUAGGGAUGAAGAUUGUUGAGAAAUGCGAUGGUCUUCCCCUUGCAAUAAAAGUCAUUGCGGGUGUUCUGAUAACAACUGAGCAAAAAUAA